AUGUCCAUUGAUUUGAACUGGGAGACCCUGACCACUGGCCCUGAUGGAAUUGCCCUGGCCAAGAGCAUCCAAGACUUUGUGCACAAUAAGUUCCAGACGGUGACACUGCCGCGCUUUAUCAAAGCCGUCAAGGUUCACGCCUUUGAAUUUGGGUCCAUUGCCCCAGAGAUCGAAAUUAAGGACAUAUGUGACCCCUUACCUGAUUUCUAUGAGGAAAUUGAGGAUGGCUACGAGGAGGAUGACGAGGAGGAGGAGCUCGAGGCGAGAUGGCCACCAGACGCUUUGAGAGAGCAGCGAAAGAUGGAUCGAUUUGAGAGAACAAGUGGGCACUCACAGGUCAGACAUCCUCCGCCAUACAUCGACACGCGGCUGGCGGGAAUCAGGUCUGGGCAGACUCAGCCGGAUAUGGGCAGCCCAUUCCUCGGGGGCAGUACACCUGGGAUCCCAGGAGGGACGUCGAAUCUCAGCUACUUCCAUUCCCACCUGACGACUGGGCUAUCAGGGACUCAGACGCCACUCGCGGCCGUCGCGGGAGCAGCACAUCUGCAAAAUGGCUGGCCAGAUUACUCAAACAUGCCGUCUUCUAUUACUGGAAGAGGGCACCGUCACACUCCCAGCGGGGGUUCACUGUCACCUCCACCAACAUCAGACUCAUCCAAGGAACGAUUUCUGAGAGAACGGGCUAGUGUUUCUACGUUGGCUCCGUCAACUUCAACCACUAGGCCACAGACUCGUGAAGGGGUCGAAGACGAACCCGUCGAAGACCCAUCUUCCCCUCCACGCCGCUUUCGAGAACCCAGCGUGGAAGACCUCCAGACUGUAUUCCGUGUUCGUUACUCUGGGGAUGUGACGCUUUCUCUGACGGCCGAGAUCCUCUUAGAUUAUCCUAUGCCGAGUUUUGUGGGCAUACCACUCAAGCUCAACAUCACCGGCCUGUCAUUUGAUGGGAUCGCAGUCCUGGCAUAUAUCCGGAAACGAGCACACUUCUGCUUUCUAUCCCCAGAGGAUGCGGAUGCCGCUGUCGAGCCCGAAGAAAAUGGACGUGGUCGCGCUGGUGAUAUGAAGAUGGGUGGGCUCUUUCAUGAGAUCAAGGUUGAAAGCGAAAUAGGGCAGAGAGAGAAUGGCAAGCAGGUCUUGAAAAACGUUGGGAAGGUCGAGAAGUUUGUCUUGGAACAAGUCAGACGAAUCUUCGAGGACGAGUUUGUAUAUCCUAGUUUCUGGACAUUCUUAAUCUAG